AUGAACGACAGGUGCGGUCAGACCUCAUCAAGUGACACUCACCCAGCUGUCCUCCUCCCUGCGUCUUCGCCUUCCUCCCAUCCUUUCGCGUACGCUCGUGUUGUGGGCUUGUACAAUGCGAAUGUGUUUGUGAAAAGCAAGAAGGAGGAUAUCCCCAAGUACCAGCUCAUGCCGAUCGCUCUGGUGGAAGAGCUUGACCUCGAUAAGGAGUGGGUCUGGGGUUUCGAGGCCCGCCGCCUUCCGAGGGUGCGAGCGCGGCCCAAAAGAGUACUGGUGUAUACGUGGAUCGACCCAUCUAUGAUCAUACGAGGCUGCCACCUGAUUCCUGUGGUUAGCUCUGGCGAAGAGACAGAGCCUGGUCCUGUGUCUUCUUUGUGGAUGCCGAUAUGCGGAUGCGAUACCGGACCAGGACAUACUGGUCAGAUAUUCUUCCCACAUGUUCCUUGCUCCCACAAAGGCCUUGAAGGUGGCGAAGGUUGGAGGGGGACGCCUCCCGCCCCGGACACCGACUCGGUGCUGACCCGAGUUGGCAACGAGCAAGGCAGAACGGAAGAGGAGGCAGAUGAGGUGGACCAUGGCGCCCGAGAUGGAGAUGAUGCAGGCGAGGAUGUCGAUGGACCCGACAGCAACGACGAUGCGAUGAAUAGUGAGGAAAUUGAUGACGAUCAGGAGAUGUGGGGCGACGACGAUGCCAUGAGCGGGCAAGGAGAUGACGAGGAUAAUGAGGAUGACGAGGAUGACGAUGAAGGCGACACCAUGGUGUUUUUUGACGAGGGGAAUGAGAGGGACUACUGA